AGACAGACAGACAGACAGACAGACAGACAGACAGAGAGAGAGAUAGGGGAGGGGGAGAUUUGUCUCAUUUUUUUAAAAAAAAGGGCAGGAAGGAGGGGAAGGAAUAGCUGGAAAAAUACUGAUCAGGAUCUGCCAGGGUGGAGAGAGAUAGAGAGGGAGAGAGAGGGAGAGAGAUCUGACAGAAAUGCCUCACUUCACAGAAGAGGACCUGGACCAUUACCUGCAGAAUCAGGUGGAUCUACGUCGUCGACAGGUUUCAAAGAUUGAAGAAGAAGUUUAUAAAAUUGUUCAAGAAUUGACCUCUGCGAUCAGUGCAAAGGAUGGCCGAUUCCAGUCUAUUUCACAUUCUGGAAUUAACAAUGACAACAUGAAGGAUCAGCAGGCUUUAGUGGCUAAAUGGUCAGCUCUUCUGACAGGGAAACAACCCAAACAUUCCUCCAUCCAGGUUGAGGCACCAUCCCAGUUCGUAAUUAUGGUUCCGUUGCGAGGUCUGGCAGGCUACACGGAGAGGAAGGCACGACAGUGGCGCUAUUAUACCUUGCACGGUUCCAAGCUCAUCUCACCUGUUCGUGAACCCGAGAAACUUCACCAAUGGUUGGAAGUGGACCAGUUCCUCAAGAGUACUCAGGAAUGGCACCAAUCAGAUGUCACUUUUGAGGGUGACAUUGUUCCCGCUAAAGUAGUCGCCAUCUUUAAAGAGCUGCUUGAGAACACGAUCCAGGCUUCAAACUUUCAGGGAAAAAUCAGCAUUUUAGAAAAUGUGAGUCCAUUUGUAAGAAUUGCUGUGGAAACAACAGAGCAGCAGAUCGAGGCAGAACUAGUACCAGCCAUUGAGAUCCCCAAUUACUGGCCAAGCAAAGCACACUGGCCCCGAUUUCUGAAACGAUGGCCGUUAAAAGAUAAAGCUCGAUGCGUCAAGUCUUUUGGAUUUAAUCUGUUGGCAAAAUCGAAUUACCACUGGCAGCUUUCGUUCACACGUGCUGAAUUAGUACUUUUAGACGAGUUGGACGAAGAUGGCGGUUGUCGUAUGAAGUGUUUACAAGUCAUAAGAAAACUGAAAGAGGACUUCUGGUGCCCUGGAUCUAAACCAGUCAUUACAUCCUAUCACUUGCAGACACUAUUGUUUUGGUCCUGCGAAAAAUAUUCACGCUCCAAAGAUUGGCGGAAUUUCCGGAAGUGCUUUCUUCGCUUGGUGAAGAAACUUCAGAAAUGUGUGCUACAGAGAUACCUCAGACACUACUUUGUGACCAGCUUCAACCUACUGAAAUAUACAAACACAAAUGAACUGGACAUGAUGUCUCAGAAACUUAGCGAAUUCUUAACAAACCCCAGUACCUACCUCCACUGAACCUUAUUGAUCUCAUAAUGAAAUGUGACAAAUUUUACUGACUUCAGGACUCCUUUAUCCUUUUACCCAAAUUUAAAACGUAUGUGUUUUUAAGGGGUUAUUAAUACGAUGCAAAAAGCAUAAUGUACUCAUGGGUUAGAUAUGUUUUUAUUUACUUCCUCCUUUCCCCAACUUCUGUGGACUUUUAUUCCUUGAGAGAAUAAAAUUGAAGUUUGCAAAUUAUGCUUUUUUUAAGGAAGAAAACUAAUUCUUUUUUAUACCUAGUAUUACCUGUAGUCAGUGCACUAUUUGAUUAUUUGGAAGUGAUGUGUAGAAUGUGCAUUUAACGCUUGAUGAAUUGUUAUGGUCUGUGAAA